UAGAAUGAGCUGAUGGUUGUGGGACUCUUCAAGGAAAGGUUGCAAAAGAGAGAGAGGCUGUGCGGAAGAUGCCAAGAAAAAAACAACAGAAUCCGCAGCCUGUCAAGUUGGAUUCUGAAGAUGGUGUAGCCCUUGAAGUGCCAGGAAGCCUCACCUUAGACACAGAUGUCCUUCUAGGACAAGACCUUGUAUUUGGUGAUUCAGAGCAUGACAGCAAAAUCCUAGGCCUGGAAAAGCUCUCAGAAGUAGCUGCUGAGAUUGGUUUCUCUGUAUAUCCUCUGGGUGAUGAGCAGAUCCCUGUCUACAGCCAGCUCAGCAUGGACAGUGAAGCAGACAACUCGUGCAACACCACUGACAACGGAAUAGAGGAGGAGGGAAAAACAGUCCAUCCAGAGACCACUUUUCCUCCCUACCUGUCCUGCAGGAGCUGUGGCCAGCUCCGUGAUGAACCUCUGGGACCUGGAAUAGACCUGGUGAGCCCGUACUGCCUCAGGUGCUGCAAAGCCUCCAGGGAAGCAAAAAGUGUGGACUUCUGUUCACCGUUUGGAAGUGUGAGUGGAAUUCGCUCGAUUUCUCACAUGCAGAUGGACAGUGAAGGAGUGGGAAACCGAGUGGGUGAGAAAUUGCAGCUGAGUGAAGAAGGCUCCUCCAAGCUUCACUCGUGCCACCUCUGUGGCUUCUCCUCACGCUACGCCAACCAUGUGAAACGUCACAUGAAGACGCACAAUGGGGAGAAGCCCUACAACUGCCCGCUGUGCACCUAUGCCUCAGCUCAGCUGGUGAAUCUGCAGAGACACCUUCGCAUUCACACAGGAGAAAAACCAUAUAAAUGUGACAGCUGCGCUUUUGCUUGCAGUUCUCUGGGUAACCUCAAGAGGCACCAGCGUAUGCAUGCACCCCUAGCAGGGGCAGGACAAGAUGCACCACAACCUAGCAGUGGCCAAAACAGUAUUAAGAGACAAGGAACUGGCCAAAAACCAAACAAAGAGGAGCCUGGUGCCUCAGUCAAAGAGGCUGUGAUGCCAUCUUCAAACCUGAAUGUGGGUGCCCAAAACAAUGACUACCUAUCAGCCUUUGAUAGUUUGAAGGGAGCCCCACCACCAGCCCUGCCAAUAUCAAACCCAGCUCCUGGCCGCCAACCCCCUACUCUUUUGGAAGCUACAGGCAACAGAGCUGCAGCCCAAACCAGAGGGGGAAUGGCAGAUGGUGCCCUCCCCUCUGCGCUAUUUCCUUUCACUUGCCGGCUGUGUGGCAUUAUCCUGGAGGAUGAAGACGGUACCUCGGCCCAGAUCUGUGCCAAAUGCACCCUUGACAUGCUAACAAAGGAUUCUUCAUCAUCACCCAACAGCCCCGGCGAGCGUAGUGACAAGGUCUACACCUGCGCUGCCUGCCCUUUCCUCACGCACUACCCCAACCACUUGGCACGCCACAUGAAAACCCACAGUGGUGAGAAACCUUACAAGUGCCCACAGUGCGACUAUGCCUCAGCGCACUUCGACAACCUCAAACGCCACCACAGGGUGCACACAGGCGAAAAACCUUACAAGUGCCAUUUGUGCGAGUAUGCCUGCGGGAACUUAGCCAACCUGAAGCGCCACCAGCGGGUACACUCGGGAGCCAAGCCUUUCCAGUGUGCAGUGUGCAGCUACAGCUGCAACCAGAGCAUGAACCUGAAGCGCCAUAUGCUUCGGCACACAGGAGAGAAGCCAUACAAGUGCCAGGAGUGUGGCUACACCACUGGCCACUGGGACAAUUACAAGCGGCACCAGAAAAAACAUGGCCUGGCUACUGAUGGCUGGGUCAAAGAUCACAUGCCUAGCAAUGAGGAAGAGGAUGAGGCAGAGGAGGGAAUGAGAGUUCCAGUCGCUGUUGGUGUUGAAGCUGAGAGAAAAGAAGUAGGGGUUGAUAUGCAGUAUAUGUCUCGGUAGGGAAGACAGUAAAUUUGUGCCACAAACUUGAGAUUGUAUAAAUUAUAACUCAGCAAAACUAAGCUACCAGCAACUUGUAUUUUUUUCCCUCUAAAAAGCCUUUAUAUUGUCUCUUUUUCGUGGGUCUUAUUGUUUUGUGUGUUCAGAGGCUGCUACUUGUUUGUUUGUUUGUAGGAUACUGCACAAUUAGGGGAAAAAAAAGGUUAAGAAUAUUUUAAUGCCUUUGGAUUGUUAUUCAGAGCCUGUCUUCUAUUUUAUUGUUGCUGUAUUUGUGCAAGACAAAUGGAGUUUGA